AUGGGGAGUGCUUUGCACUCAGUGUGAGAACACUUGUGAAAGUGUUUGUUUCUAAAAAAGCAGAAAAGGAAGCUUCCAGGAUCAUGCUUGAAGAGCUUUUUAAGUCUUCCACUUCAGUUUUGCUUUUGGGGGUCAUCACUGGCCUGUUGAUCAUUCAGAUUUUUUUAUCCAGCUUCAGCUCUAAAGAAAGGAGAGCGCCUCCAGGACCCAGACCUCUUCGUCUGCUCGGUAACCUGCUGCAGGUCGAUCUCAAGAGGCUCGACAAAUCUCUCUUUGAUCUUUCUAAAACAUAUGGACCAGUGUUUACAGUCUACUUUGGACUAAAGAAGGUCAUAGUCAUAGCAGGUUACAGGACAGUUAAACAGGCUCUGGUAAACCAUGCUGAAGAGUUUGGAAACAGAGAAGUCACGCCCAUCUUCUAUGACUUUACCAAAGGACAUGGAAUACUGUUUUCCAAUGGUGACUCAUGGAAGGAAAUGAGGCGCUUUGCUUUAAGUACCCUGAAAGAUUUUGGAAUGGGCAAGAGGAUUAGUGAGGGAAAAAUCAUUGAGGAAUGUCACUAUCUGAUCCAAGAAUUCGAGCAGCAUCAAGGGAAAGCCUUCAACAACAGCCAGACAAUUGUUUAUGCUGCUUCAAACAUUAUAUCAGCUAUAAUGUUUGGAAAGAGGUUUGAAUACAAAGAUCCUGUCUUCCAAGCUAUGGUGGAAAGAGACAAUGAGUCCAUCCGUCUGACGGGAUCAGCUUCCCUCCUGAUAUACAACAUAGUUCCGUGGCUGGGUCCAUUUCUUAAAAACUGGAGGGAUUUGAUGAAAAAUGUUGAAGACAACAAGGUGGAGGUGAAAAGGAUCAUAGGAAACCUUAAAGAGACUCUCAACCCUGAGAUGUGCAGAUGCUUUGUUGAUGCGUUUCUGAUUCAUAGGCAAAAACUGGAGGAGUCUGAAAUCAAGGAUUCACACUAUCAUGAUGAUAACCUGCUCUACAGUGUGAUAAAUCUGUUUGCAGCUGGAACCGACACCACAGGAAAUACACUUCAGUGGUGUCUGCUGUACAUGGCCAAGUACCCUCAUAUUCAAGACCAGGUUCUGGAAGAGCUGAACAGGGUGGUUGGAAGUCGAGAAGUUUGUGUUGAGGACAGAAAGAACCUGCCGUACACUGACGCUGUUAUCCAUGAGUCACAAAGACUCGGCAACAUUGUUCCCAUGGCUAUUCCUCACAGAACCAGCAGAGAUGUUUCUCUUCAUGGCUAUCUUAUCAAAGAGGGAACUACUGUAUUUCCCCUUCUCACUUCAGUCCUAUACGAUGAGAGUGAAUGGGAGGACCCAUUUACUUUUAACCCUGCUCAUUUCCUUGAUCAGGAGGGUAAAUUUGUCAAGAGAGAUGCCUUCAUGCCAUUUUCUGCAGGGCGCAGGGUGUGUCCCGGAGAAAGUUUGGCCAGAAUGGAGAUCUUCCUGUUCUUCACAUCUCUCCUUCAGCACUUUCGAUUCACCCCCCCUCCUGGAGUUUCAGAGGAUGAACUGGACCUGACACCAGUUGUGGGCUUCACGCUCUCUCCUUCACCUCAGAAGCUGUGUGCUGUCAGACGCCAAUGAAAAAGAACCAGAACUUUUUGAUAACU